AUGCUAUGUUUACAGUCCAUAUAUUAUAGUAUUUGUAGUUUUACUAUAUUUUUAAUAUUCACGAUAUAUGGAUUUCCAAGAAAUAUUAAGUACCUUUUUAACACGACAUCUUAUUUUGAAGGGGAGGCUGUUUUGUUGUAUCUUUUCUUCAUACAUAUUAUAAAUUCUAUUAUUAUGUCAUAUUUUAUAAAAGUAAUCGUAAAAAGAACUAAGAAAUGCUUGGACUAUGUUAUAUCAUGUUACUUAAUUCACUUUUUAUUAUGUGUAUUUAUAUCUGGAUUUUCAAAAUCAUAUAAUUGGUAUGCCUGUUUUUUCCUAUUUGUUUUUCUCACUGUUAUUCUUAGCGAAUAUAUUUGUUAUAAGGAAGAUAUUAAAGAAAUUACAAUAAGCAGCUUAAGAAAUGAACAAGACGAAAAAAGGUUAUUUUAA